AUGCCUGGUCUACCAGGACGCGAUGGUUUGCCUGGAUUGAAAGGAUGGAAAGGAGAUCCUGGACCACAGGGGCCGCCUGGAUUCCCUGGACCACCUGGUCCAAAAGGAAGAAUGGGAGCACGUACACCAGGUGUUAAAGGAGAAAAGGGUUUGCAAGGACCUCCUGGAUUACCUGGUCCACCAGGAGCAUUCCCUGGGGCAUCUGCUCCAGAAGAAAUUGAAGUUCUUCAGGGCCCUAUUGGACCCCCAGGAGUGAAAGGAGAAAAAGGUCGCGAUGGACCCAUGGGACCUCCAGGACUGAUGGGCGUGAAUGGAGCAGACGGAUAUCCUGGUCUAAAAGGCCAGAAAGGAGAUAUUGGUGAUGCAGGAAAUCGAGGCAAGCGAGGCAAAGAUGGCGUUCAUGGGCAGUUCGGUGAGAAAGGAUCUCAAGGAGAGCAAGGUCUCCCUGGUCUUCCUGGAUAUCCUGGACCCAAAGGAGAGGCUGGAGAACCGGGAUAUGAUGGUCGCCCUGGUAUAGAAGGAGAUGUUGGACCACCAGGACCAUUUGGAGAAGGUCACGGAGAUGCUGGAGUACGCGGCUUGCAAGGAAUUGAUGGAGUACCGGGCCCAAAAGGUUUGCCUGGCAAGGACGGUCUCCCGGGAGCUGUUGGACCUAGAGGACCUGUUGGAGCUCCUGGCCCUCAAGGACGCCCUGGUUUGGAUGGACUUCCUGGCUACUCGGAAAAGGGAGAUCGUGGUGACGAUGGUUAUCCAGGUUUCGCUGGUGAACCCGGCAUGCCUGGUGAAGAAGGUGACUGUGGGCCUCCUGGUGAGGACGGUCCACCUGGCUACGAUAUUCAAGGUCCACCAGGAGUCGACGGUCAGCCAGGAAGAGACGGAUAUCCUGGACUACCUGGCGAAGUUGGUGAGCCGGGCUACCCUGGAGAAAAGGGAUUCCCCGGAGCAGGUGUGAAAAAGGUUGGUCCACCAGGACAACCGGGACUCAUGGGACCUCCAGGAGAAAACGGACGAAUUGGUCUUGACGGAUUGCCGGGACCACCAGGAGACAAAGGUCCAAGAGGAGACGAUUGCGGAUACUGCCCGGAUGGUCUUCCUGGACUGAAGGGAGAGCCAGGAGUGCCCGGUGUUGAUGGAUAUCCUGGACCUCCCGGCCCAGAUGGUGAAAUGGGUGAUUGUGGCCUGAAGGGUUUACCAGGAAAGCCGGGAUUCCCUGGACCGGAUGGACUUCCCGGAUCAGUGGGUUUGCCAGGAAUUCCUGGAUAUCCCGGAUUGAAAGGAGAAGCUGGAGAGAUUAUCGGCCCAAUGGAAAAUCCGCCUGGCGUUGAUGGAGCCAAGGGAGAACGAGGAGUUCCUGAUGGAAAUGGUCCGCUCAAUAUUUAG